AUGAUAGAAAUACCCGAUCUAGAUGAGUUGUCUCUACAGAAUUAUUCCGGAUCCAACAACGCCAUUCCUGAAGAAAACCACAGUGAUGAUGAAAAUCAACAACAACAACAACAACAACAACAAUUCAUACUUGAACCACAGCAUUCUAUCCGCUCACUACUGAUAGAGGAAAAUGGUUACCUUCAACACCAACAAAACCAAUUGCAGCAGUAUAUGCAACAACAACAACAACAGAAUACACUUACCCCAGAGCCGCCUACCAUACUAGACUUCACCAAGGAUCAAUUGCCGCCAUCGGCAACUUCUUUUCAAAACUCGACAAUUGACUCGGACAUAUUAGGUGAAACCAUUGCAUUAUACAACAAUCUGGCGAAUAGCAGUAAUAUACAGAAGUCACAGCCCCAGCUACUUCAAGAAUCAUCAGACCAUUUGACAGAAAAAGAGCCAUCGACAUUAUCGGCAUCACCAGUACCAAUGUUGGACCACGAACCACAAAUGAUAGAUGCUCGAUUAGAAAGAAUAGAGCAUGAAGUAGACACCUUCAAGAAAAGGGAAAACAACCACCAACAUACGCAAAUGCAACCAUAUACACAAGAUACAGAAUCGGGGUUAUCUCUCGGUACUGAAGAUUCUCAAAAUAUCAGCUCACAAAAAGUAGAUUAUGUUCAAACAAAAAAUUCCUCUUUGGAAUUUGAUGCACCAAUAGGGCUAGCGUAUAUGCCUGAUAAUUUGGAAGAACACAAAACAUCAUUCAAAUUGCAGCAACCCCCAAUUGUUACAGAUUACCAUGACACAACAACGCCGGAUUUAGACAACGAAUCCAAUGAUCGACUUGGUCUGCUUGAGACCCCACUUAUGACGGGAUUUGAUUUCAACUUGGGGGCUAAUACUUCUCUGGCAAACCAAUUAUCAUCACCAAUGUCAACAUUCCCACUUCAUAAUCGUGUAGAGCCAUCACCUCAAUUACCCCCACCAAUGUCUUCUGCGUCACUACAAAAACUUACACUACAAAAUGGCGAAGAAUUUGGAUCAAUUAGACGUGACUUAGCAACCGAUUCUAAAACUUCUGCUGAAUACACAUUGCACAUCAUAUUCACUCAAUUUGUUCGUCACGCCGAACGUAAACUAAAUUUGUGUCUUGAUUAUCCGUUGAAUGAGGAACCGCCAAUUUUAGACUUGAUUGCAGAAGGUGUCGAUGCCGAAUUUGACAAAAUCAUAUCCGCCUUGGGGUACAUUGCUCGAAGAAAACCUAAACCAGUUAUUGAUAGUGUGAUGUUUUGGAGAAAAUCAAAGAGUGAAGUUGCCUCUAUGGCUGCAACAGAAGUUGAAAAAGCGGUAGGAGUAGCUCAAACAAAUUUGCUUAAAAUUUCCAAAACUUCAUCAUCAACAACAACGACAUCCCCAAUCAGCCCAUCAAACCCAGGGAUAGCCAAAAAUAGCAACUCGGCUUCCAGUGCUAAACGAAGUUUGAGUUUGAUGAGAAAAAAGAGCUUUUCAAGAAUAGCCCAUCGUCGAAACGUAUCUUCUUCAGCUGCAAUUCAAUCGUCACUGAAUGUACCUGAAUCGGAAAGUGUAUUUAUGAAACAAAAACAAUUCUAUGAUGACCAAAUUUCUCAAGCAAAAGAAACUGCUGUCCAUGCUGAUAGAAAAUCAUUGGCUUCAAUCUAUAUAUUGUGUCGUGUUUUGAUUGAAAUUGUAAAACAAACACCACUAUCAGUGAUGGGAAGUGAUCUCAGUAGUAAAUUAGAGGAAAUUGUCUACACUCAGUUAAAGACUACUGAUCCUAUCAGUACAAGUCAAUCGUUGGUACGUGCUGCCAAUUGGAACUUAUUUGCCGAACUAUUGGGAUAUAUGUCACGUGAACGAUUUGUCAGUGUCAAUGACAGGUUCAUUGCUGAUUUGGAGAAGGUGCCUCAACAAAUACGCCACGAGGAUGAGCCAAAACUCUAUUUGUUGAUAAAUGGAAUGAAGUAUCUCAAGCUUACAAUCUAUCCACUAGAGGAAUUUGAAGAAAGUGCCGAAUUCAUCCAGUCAUUGGCAAAAUUUUUCGAUAAAACAACAAAUGAAACAGUAUUAUAUGCGUAUUGUGAAGUUUUCAGCCACUUGUUUUUGCCGUUAGCUAAUAUCAUAACUGCAGAAGCUAAUUAUCCGUCGUGGGUAGAAGGUGUUGAAAAAGUCUACCACAAGGCAUUUAAGCUAUGGAGACAAUCUUUAGGUUCAACCAGCAGUCCAACUUCGUUGACCUUGCCAACUCUGAAUACAUCAUCAGGUGUAUCUUCAAAUAACGGCUGGUCUCACUCAUUGACUCUAAUGGCAUCUGCUUUGUCUGUGUCAAGAAAGGAGUUGUUUUCUGAAGUUUGGAUAAACGUAAUCAACGAGAAUAGCUUCAAAUUGAAACCCAAAGUUGAAGCUGAAGACAAAACUACCUAUAUUAUGAGUAUUACGAGAUUAAUUUGGGUUUAUCUCAACCGAUUACCAGAUACUUUAAAUAAUACAAUUAAGCGUCUAGAUGCAAUUUUUGAGUUGUUAUUUUUCCACAAUAACGCUACCAGUAAGAAACAUCAGUGGAUAUCAUCAGACUUAUUCCUAAUUGGAUCUUUAAUCGAACUAAUCAGAAUAGUGGGCUACAAUCAUUUGAACUAUGUGUUGGAGCAAGUAUUAAUUAGACUUUUGAAUAUGAGUUUCAAUGGAACAUCAUUGGAAAAUGCAUUCCCCGAAAAACUCAUAAUUGUUAUCAAAAGUUAUCUUGCAAUAUUGAAAGACUAUGAAAUUGGCGACAAACCCAGCUUUCCAGCAGAAUUUCCAAACGAACAAAAGAAAAAGGUUAAUGAAUUUUUAUUCAUUUCGAAGAACAGUACCAACCUGGCAGCUCACGAGGAAAUCUGUCGCACUUUAGUAUCGUUAUUAAGGAUUUUAGAUAAUCAAUAUGGAUCAGGAUUCAAUAAUGAAAAUAACUCUUUAUUUUCCUUGGGAUCAAGUAAAUCUCAAUCAUCAUUUGGGUUUCAUUUUAACUACGAUCCUACCCCUCAAACUACUAAGGAGGUUCACAUACAAUUAUUUGCUACUGUAAUCGAAGCUAUUCCAUGGGGAAUUGUAGGAGCAUCUGGUGAUAACAAUCAGAAUUUGAUUCCAUUUAAACAGGUUGUUGAUAUAUUGAUUAGAGGGGCAAUCCAUCCAGAUUCACGAAUUUCAGUGACUUCCAUCAAAUCAUUGAAAUAUUUAGCCUCUAAAAAAAACCCAACCUCCUUGAUGACUAUUUACGCCAAGCAUGCGUUCCAUUUUUCCGACAAAACUGGCCCAACUUAUGACACAGAAUAUUUAUAUUCGGAUCAAUUCACCAAAUUAUUAAAAUUGUAUACUGAAUUGUUGGACUGUUGGUUGCUUCUGUUCCAAGAUUUGCUUGAAAAGAAAAAGGCAGACCAGCCAAUAGGCGCCUUAGCCGGAAAUGAUAAACUGAACAACCGAGAUGCUUUAAAUAACUUGUACAAAAUCAAUCGGAAAAAUGCCGAUUUGUCAGAUUCUCAUACAACGAAAUUAAACCCUAGUGAUGAAUUUGAGUGGAAAACAAUAAUUACUGCCAUUGAAGAUAUAGAGGGAAAUGGAUUGUUUUUCCUUUGUUCCCAGAAUCCCAAAACGAGAUACUAUGGGAUUAAAGUUCUUAAGUUAGUUGAACAAUUUGAUCAAGCGGUUUAUAAUAUAACCGAUUCAUCAACUGAUUCUAGUUCAGGAACCAAACAACAUUCUAGAAGCUCUUCAAAAUUUGCUGCCGAUGUUGGGACAAGACUUGUUCAUAUUUUGGAGGAUCUUGAUUUUGUUGAAUUGAUCCAACCUUACCGUAAGGAAUUGAGCGUGCCAGAACGUACAAGAUUAACAAAACUCAAAAACAAAAAGAAUAUCUUGAUCAGAUUAGCAGAGUCUGAAUAUGGCAUAGAUUCUGCAAUUUGGCUACGUUUAUAUCCCAAAGUGCUAGAAAUAUUUUUUGAUAGAUGCCCCAUGCCGGUAGCAAUGUGUCGUAAUCUUGUCUGUGUUUGUUUGGUUCAAAUGCACGAGUUUGUGUUGGAGUUUUCUGAUAGCUAUAAAUCUUAUACAUCGUCAUUAUUUUCCAAAUCACCAACCAACGUGCCUCCUGAAGUACUAGUAAACCAAUGGAAAUUAUAUCUUAUAUUUGCUUGCUCCACUUUAACUGCUACAAACGAUCAAAAAAUAUCAUUUCCAAAUCAACCAACUCAUGGACGCAAAAAGUCUUUGCAAAUGUUUAUUCAGCACCAAAAAAUCACCAGUGCAAAGUCAGUAUUUAAAAUGGUAUUGCCCUUAUUGAGACUGUCGCAACCAAUGGUAAAAGAAUCUGUCAUAGUAGGGUUGAGCCAUAUAAAUAUUAACAUUUUGAAAAGUUUUUUGGAGAAUAUCCCAUUGGCGGUAGAAGAAUGGAACACCAAUAUCAAAACCCGCAAUCUUCAAGAUGAUACGUUCAGACUUGAAAUUGUUCAUAUUCUAGCUAAUUUAACUGAGAAAUUUGGCCUGCAUGAAUUGAUAUAUACUGAUGAUUCAAUUGUGGCCAACUUAGUAGCCAUUGUUAAAAAUGUGAAGAAUUUUUUGUCGGAGCCGGCGAUACAAACUAAUUUUGAGUGUCAGAAAUUGCGCCGCUAUUUUUGCGGAUUUUUAGAAAAUGUUUAUGCUGGACUUGAAGCAAAGUCGGAUUUGGAAAAAUGGCUACCAUUUGAAGCGAGAGUAGCCUGUUUCAAUUAUUUAAAGGAAUGGUGUGGCUAUGGUGAUAGCAGCGCUGUUACUGAGGAACGAUAUAAUGCUAUAAUUGGCCGAAUCAAAACAGAAAAGGCUGGGCCAUCUGCACUUGCAAUACUUGAAAUUGAACGGAAAAAACUACAACUAGCAUCGCUAAAAUGUAUGGCCAUUUUAUGUUCUGGUCAAAUCAAGAAGAAGAUAGAAAUACCAGGGAAUUUGGCUGUUGUUUCAUUUGACAUUCCAGGUUUAUUGAAUUGGAUACAGGCAUUAUUGGAAUCGGACGUUGAGAAAAUAAAGGAAAUAGGCCAUUGUGCUUUAAGGAAUGUUAUUGAGAAAAACUUUGAGUUUCAAGAUAUUAUUAGUGCUGUUGUUGAACGAUGCUAUAUCAGCCAAAAGUCUUUGGAAAGUUAUUUUUGUUUGUUUGUUGAGAUAUUUAUGGCGAAAAACAAAUUUGAAAUAGUUCAAGAUGAACUUAUCUGUUUAGCUUCUGUAUUCGCGGCAAAUGAAAGCUUUGAAGUGAGAAAAUCUGCAAUUGCCUUACUCAAGUAUUUUGAAAAAAAGACCCUAGGAACUGAAUCGUUAGAAAGGUACACCGAAGCAAUUUGCAGUAAGAGUCCAGUUGUUUACAAAAAAGUGCUAUUUGAUCUUUCAAACGAUAUUCAAAAUAUGAAACCAGAAAGCUUGUAUAAUAGGAUCAGUUACUUGACGCAAAAUAUGAAUUUGAUUUUUCCUGCUGCAAGAGAAGCUGUUUUGUCAUUAUUAGUACCCAUGGUUUCACAAGUUAUAUUAAACUACGAAAAUCCUUUACCUGAAAAAGAUAGUAAUACAGAUAUUCAUGAAAAAUUAUUUGACAACUCAUCAUUGAUGGUGUUGAGCAAUCUUUUUGAAAUCACGGUGAAUUACAGUUCUAGUAUGUCUAAUCAGAUAGAAGUAUUAUGGAUUUCUUUGAGCAAUAAUGUUCAAAAUAUUGACAAAAUUGUGGAAUUCUUGUUGCAAAGCAGUCUUGAACUGAAAAAUCCAUCAUUUGUUGAACAGUCACGACAGAUCAUCGAUUAUUUGGCAUUUGCGAGAUCUGAUCCAGCUUAUAUUAUUGAUAAACUAAUUAACAAUUUACAACCUAGAAUGAUGGUUCCACCUCAAUUAGGUAAUAAAUCACCAGUUCCGAUCAAUAAGGAUUAUCCCUAUGUAUGUGAUAUCAAAAAAGUUGUUCAAACAAAUGAAAAAGAUGUUAUAUUUUCAUUAGGUCAAUUAAGCAUGGUGUUUUUGGUUGAUAUAGUAACACUCAAGAAUGACUUAAUGAUUGAAAAACUUCCUUUAUUAUUACACGUGUCACUUUCUUUGAUGGAUCAUUAUUUGCCAAUAGUUCAGGAACAGGCAGGAACUUUUUUAGUCCAUUUGAUUCAUGCAUUAGUCCGUGAUGAUCCCAAGGCACAAGAGACGGUUCUGUCACUUAGAGAAAACGAUCAUAUUAAGCACUUAUGGGUAUAUGAUGAUUUAAACAACGACAAAAGGGGUGCAAGAACACCAAAAAAUAUGGAUUUGUUGAUAAGAAGUGCCAUUAAAAUGUUUGCUGCUGUUGCUCCGAAUAUACAAGAUGAUUGGAGUAGAGUGUCAUUACAUUGGGCUACCACUUGUGCUGUUAGACAUAUUGCUUGUAGGUCAUUUCAAGUGUUCAGAUCAUUAUUGUCGUUUUUAGAUCAGUCAAUGUUGAAGGAUAUGUUGCAUCGUUUAUCCAACACUAUAUCAGAUGAAACUGUUGAUAUUCAAGGGUUUGCAAUGCAAAUAUUGAUGACGUUGAAUGCUAUAACAGCUGAGCUUGACUCAGAGAAGUUAAUUGAUUUUCCUCAAUUAUUUUGGUCUAGCGUUGCUUGUUUAAGCACCAUUCAUGAACAAGAAUUUAUUGAAGUUUUGUCUACUUUAAACAAGUUUAUUUCUAAGAUCGAUUUGGAUGCAGAAGAUACCGUUGCUUGUUUGACGAAAACAUUCCCGCAAAAGUGGGAAGGUAAGUUUGAGGGUUUACAACAGGUGAUUUUGGUAGGUUUGCGCUCAUCAACGUCUUGGGAACCAACUUUGAAGUUCCUUGAUAAGUUGAUUGUUCAUAAGGACAGUUUGAUUAUUGGAAUGGGCGAUUCCAGAGUGUUGACUGCAUUAUUGGCCAACAUGCCACGAUUUUUACAUCAUUUAAGUGAAGAAAGUGUGACACCAGAAAUUGAAAACACUGCUAUGGCUCUAAGUCAGUUGGCAGAGGAUAGUGGUAAAUCAGCACUAGCAAAACUUUUGGUCUCAUUUGCUAAAAGACGAUUUAGAUCUAAGUCUGAUUUCCUUGAUCAGUCUAUUUCAUGUAUCAAGAAUGCAUUUUUCCCAGAGUAUCAGGCACAAACUUUGGUACUACUUUUAGGGUUGUUGUUCAAUAAAAUACCUUGGGUGAAAACAGAGACAUUGGGUCUUUUGCAGCUGAUUUUCCCAUUAGUUGAUCUUCAAAGAGAUGAGUUUAUUGGUGUUGGGGCUGACUUGAUAUCCCCAUUAUUAAGAUUGUUACUCACAGAUUAUGCUGAAUGGGCGUUGCAAGUGUUAGAUGAAGCUGAAAUUAUACCUGGAUCGCAAUCAGAUAAGGAUAUUUUAAGAAUGAGUUUGGGAAGCACUUCAAUGAAGAAAGAAUAUGAGAAUACUGCCACUUUAUUCGGGAUACCGGAUGAGAGUGGUUGGUCAAUUCCCAUGCCGGCAAUAACUGCAGCGACUACGAGAAAUAACGUGCAUGCUGUUUUUUCAACAUGUACAGUCAACAAUAUUGUUGAUGAAAAUGUGGAACAAGAAGAGGAUGGAAGUGAUAUCCAAUUUCACCUGGAAGAGUAUUAUGGACCAGCUAGUGAUCAAACUCAAUUUGUUGAUAGUGUAUCUGUUAAUGUCGAGGACCGAGAGGCACUGUUAAGUAAUGUUUGGGCCGCCUUAGACGAUUUUGACUCUUUUUUCACCAAAGAGUCUGAGCAAGCCGGUCAUAUACCAGCAGUAGCUAAUAGGGCCAUGAGAAGAAACCAAGCACAUCCACGUUACCAUGUCCAUAGUGCUUCAGUUGACACCAAAUAUAGUAAUUCAAGUGACACGUUGAUGCCUAUGGAAUCGGCACCAAAUGUUUAUGAUAAGAAGGCAUCGGUUAUUUUGAACAGGAGUUUGGCCAGAACAACAUCAAACACAUCUUUCAGAGCAAAUUUGGCUGACUCCAUUGGUGGUACACAAGUAGCCAGCAGUUCUACUCACUCCAACAAACGGUCAUAUAUACCCUUCAGAAGUAGCAGACAUAGUAACAAGACCAGAGCCGAAGUGUUUUCGACUCCGAAGAUGCCUUUAUCUUCAGGAUUUGAUGCCCACGAUCUUGAUCAAACACCAUCUUCAAUUCAGUCUACGGCAAUUUCUUCGCCAACAUUAAGUGUUGCGCACAAUGAUGGAGACCAUGAACUUGCUUCUAAUACAAAUGAAAAUGUUACCAGAUUUGAAGGUAUAUUAGGGACAAAGAAAAGAUCAAAAAAGGGCAUUAGACAAAACUCUCCCAACGAAUCAACUACAAAUAUAUCACCGGAAUUAUCAACGAAUAACAGCUUUAGAAACUCUCAUGUUUCUUCCAUAGCUUCUCCUAAAGGAACAGCGCCUGUUAUUAGUUCACCCAUACAAAUUGUCGGAGCAACUGUUGCUGCUGCUGCUGCUACUCCAAACUCUGGCAAAGAAAAGAAAAGAAUAUCUCAAAAAUUUCGUUAA